UCAAACUCAACUCUAUCACGACCCACGACGAAGCCUCUCUCCCAACCCCACCCUCUCCCUCUCUCUCUCUUCUCUCUCUCUCUCUCUCUCUCUCUCUCUCUCGCACGACUCGCAUCGCCGUUAAGUCCAUGAGCGUCCCGCUCUGUCCGUUCCAUUCGUCGUCCUCUUCUUCUUGCGCUGUUCUCCUCUCAAUUUUCUCAAUACUCUAAGCAAGUGAGGAUCGAUAUCUUUGGGAAGAGGCGGUUCUUCGCGAGUGUACUCGAAGUGAGAAGCCUAAGAAGAUCAUUCCAUAGAAAAGUGUUGUUGGAUGUCAGAGUUUUAUUUGGCUGCUACCGUAUGAGAGAUUUUAGGCAGGGAAGUGUUCGAGCGAGAAGUUUUCGGACUAAAUUGAAAUUUCGGGCAGACAGUUACUAAUCAUCAAUUUACCCUUUUUUUGGUUCUUUAUUUGGCAAAGGUGAAUAUGGUAAAAGCAGAUUAAAGGUUAUGUGAAACAUCUAAGAAGGCUCAAGGGAGUUAGCUUUGUUAAUUUUAUUGAAAGAGGAUUAAUAUUAUUUAAAAUAAUAUUUUAUUGAAUCAAUAUUAUUGACAGGAGGAUUAGUACGAAUGAGAAUUAAUAUUAUUGACAUGAGGAUCAUAAGGUUUGGAGGUAUAUUAUCAGUGUAACAAGAGCUACCAAAAGAGGGUUGAGAAGAAGAUGCUAAAUGCGCUUGCUUAUAAGAAUGCAGGUGGCUAUGGAGACAAAAGCAGCUGUAUACCAUGAGAAGCAGAGGUUGCAGUUUUGCCUGCUGCAUGCACUCAAUAACCUUAUGCAGGCGAAGGACUCUUUCACCCGAGCAGAACUUGAUGUUAUUGCUGACAAGCUUGUUCUUGAUGAUCCGAGCAAGGAGCAGUGGACUCCUCUAUCGCUAAUCUUUAGGCCUCACCAUAACACAUUGACUGGAAAUUAUGAUGUCAAUGUACUUAUCACAGCAUUAGAGGCCAGAGGGAAAAGAGUAGUUUGGCAUGAUCGUCGUAAUGGAGCUUCUUCAAUCAACUUGGCUGGAGAUACUUUAAUUGGUAUCAUGCUUAAUGUAACAGUUAGAAGAUUCAUUGGGUUUUGGAGAGGUAGGCAUUGGGUUGCACUGCGAAAUAUUAGUGGUGUUUGGUAUAACUUAGAUAGUGAUCUUGGUUCACCCGAACAGUUUCAGAAUGAGAAGGAAGUAACUACUUUCUUGGAUAACAAAAUUAGUCAAGGUGGGGAAGUCUUGAUAGUUUUGCACGGUGAUGAAAAAUAAAUAUUUUUGAAAUUGCAGUUUCUGAAAUCGCUGAUUCUCUCAUGAGGUGUCAGUUGGAAAUGUGUUAAGUUGUAAGUGAAAAAUAUUAGGUGCUUUGAAAGAGAUCAAAUCAAGUAGUCGGGGGAAUUUGGUUUUCCUAUUUUAGCUGAUGUUUGUGGCUCCAUUUUCCUUGCGAAGAAGUCUUUGAGUGUAUCCUACAGUUCAAGAGAACAGGAGAAGUCUGAUUCUUACACUGUUGUCUCUUGAUGGAAAGGUUUCUCUAUCUUCUUCAGCGGCUGCCUCAAGUAAUUCCACUGUAGGAGAAGAUAUCUUCAGAUCUAUUUAGUUAUCUGGUUAUAUGCUUUGUCAAUGAUUUCGAGGAAAUCUGGUUGCAAAUGCUGCGGGAGUUGUCCUUUUGAGGAAACUCCGUUUGGCAGGAUUAUCAGCUCAAAAGUGUGUCGAGUUUUAGUUCAUUGUGCGUAUUAGUAAGGAGGGCAGGUAUGUUUAGCUUGAACAAUAAUUUCAGCUGGAUUGUCGGACCGUAGUUUCUCCUUUGGAUAAGUGCUGUUAUAAUUACUUGUACUUUUGGUGGCACAUGUUUGAAUGCUCAGUUAAUUUUUAACUUGUAAAUGGCGCCUAUAUGUUUACAUGCAUUAGUGAAGCUAAAAGUUUGCGUUGAAUGUUUCCAGUUCCUUUUUAAA